CUGAGCUCACUAUGAUAUAUUUGUUACGACAGCGACAAAAGCGUGAGCUGAUCGCAGCGUUUUUGACGUUCGUUUCGUGACUGAAAUUUUUGGAAGAAAUUCGAUGAAGUUUAAGUCGUUUGAAUACGAAGCUGAUGUUCUGUCAAGGAAAUACGGGAGUAGAAUGGUGGACCAUCGGAUCCGAAAAGAGCCAGUGAAACGUGGAUCGUUUUGCAAAUUUAUACCCUUCGUUAACGCUACCGAUCAAACUAAUGUCACAGUUGGCAUCAGGUUUCUGAGAUGAUGGAUUAACAGUCCCUAGUGAUAGUGAAUGAGAAAGGUGUAUUCAUAAGUGAUCAGUGAGGAUAUUUCAUUUCAUCGAAUCGAAUCGAACAACGAAUUCGCUAAAUCUCUUCUAAAACAUGAAUGAUCCCGACGGAAGUGUACCCGUUUCUUCCACUCGGACGUCCGUUUCUUCGAAUACUUAAGUUUCCAAGAUGCUCUGAAUCGAGAAGAAGAAGAAGAAGAAGAAGAAGAAGAAGAAAAAGAAAAAGAAGAAAAAGAAGAAUGCCCAGGAAUACCCUGAUGACGGCACAGGAUCCGACCACUACGAAGGAUCCUUCGCUGUCAAUAUCUCAAGAAACCCCCAAGAAUUAUCAAUUUUUUGUAAAACCGGACGUUGAAGUUUCCUAUUGACUUCAAAAGAUUCCUUCACGAGGAUAUCUUUGAAGUCGUCGCUGCUACCAGGCAAGAUUCUUGCUGGUCGACUCAAAGAUAGAUCAAAGAGGGAGAGCAGGGGGGAAGAAUCGCGAAACCGAGCACGAAACAUGUGAAAGGCGUGGAUCCAAAGGAUCGACGGACGAUCUUGGAGUCGUCGGUGAUCCAUUGAUACCCUUUUGCCCGCUCUUCUUCUCCGAUCCAAGAUGCUGGACAUAUUCCGGGGUCUGAAGAGCUUGAUCAAGGUCUCCCAUGUGCACAUCGACACUGCCGUUUUCAGGCUACAUUACAGUCUGACUGUGAUCCUGUUGAUCGCGUUUUCCUUGAUCGUCACCACUAGACAAUACGUUGGUAAUCCCAUCGACUGCAUCCAUAGCAAGGAUCUACCCGAGGACGUGUUGAACACUUAUUGUUGGAUUCAUAGCACGUACACGAUCACAGCUGCCUACAGGAAGAAAGAAGGUUUCGAGGUGCCUUUUCCCGGGGUUGAUAAUUCCAAGUCGCAUCCGGAGAGCGAGAGGAAGGAGUACAGGUAUUAUCAGUGGGUCUGCUUCAUGCUGUUCCUUCAGGCGAUCCUCUUUUAUACGCCACGAUGGUUAUGGAAGGGGUGGGAAGGUGGCAAAAUCCAUGCGUUAAUGAUGGACCUCGACAUCGGCCUUUGUUCCGAGGUCGAGAAGAAACAGAAGAAGAAGAUGUUACUUGACUAUCUCUGGGAAAAUCUUCGCUAUCACAAUUGGUGGGCUUACAGGUAUUACCUCUGUGAAGUUCUCGCCCUGGUGAAUGUUGUCGGUCAGAUGUUUCUGAUGAACCGCUUCUUCGACGGUCCUUUUUUGACGUUUGGUAUCGACGUGCUCAGGUUCCUCGAAUCGGAUCAAGAGGACCGGGUCGAUCCAAUGAUUUACGUGUUCCCACGGAUGACCAAGUGCACCUUCUAUAAAUACGGCUCAGCGGGUGAAGUGGAGAGACACGACGCCGUUUGUAUACUGCCCCUGAACGUCGUCAACGAGAAGAUAUACGUAUUUCUAUGGUUCUGGUUCCUCUUUCUCGGCGUGCUCAGCUUCGUAACGGUUUUAUACAGGAUCGUAAUUAAUUUUCGCACGCGAACGAGGGUUUAUCUUCUAAGGUUGCGGUUUCGUUUGGUCAGAAGAGAAGCCGUAGAGACGAUUGUUCGAAGGAGCAUAGGCGAUUGGUUUCUUCUCUACAUGCUCGGUGAGAAUUUGGACUCGGUGAUAUACAGAGACGUGAUGCACGAGUUAGCGAAUAAGCUCGCGUCCAGACACCAUCAUAGCGUGUCUGGAAUCAAGGGAGAGCUUCAAGAAGCCUGAUGGAAAUUGCCUCGGAGAGCCGUGGAGAUGCGAUUAGGAUUUUCGAGGCGAGUAGAAUACUUUUCGGCCAAGAUGGAAUGAACGAUGCCAAAGAUGGAGACCCAAGGAUGAAAUAGAACGGAUUACAUUUUUAUUUACAACUCGGCGUCUGUGUUUUUCUUAUCUAUUCGAUAAUUGACUGAUGUGUACACAGGGACGAUCAUAGUUCGAUGAAGGUUGAUCAUUUCGCGUAAAAGACAAUUGCCAUCUUACGACGAUCUUUUUUUUUUUUACUUUUCAGUAUUCACCGUCGAGCUCGAGUUUCGCGAAGUGGACUCAAAAUUGCAUCCUUUUCUUCUAUGCAGUUCGAGUCUAAGGGACAUCAGUAUAGUUUUGUAACCGUUGUGAAAAUCGAUGAUGAAAACGAAGAUACAUGUAUUCCUUUGCUUUAAGCGUUCUACCUCGUUAAAUUUCGCUGAAAAUCGAGUUUGACACUCCGCCAUUUUCUUAUAAACACACCGGUAGGGAUGCAACGAGGAUCGAUGUAUUUUCUUUCACAAAGACUGUGCGAGAAGGAGACUCGUGAGGAUAACUUUUACCAAUGACUCUUGAAAUAAUGUAUUUUUAUUAAAAGGAAUUUAUAAACAUAGUUUAUCAUA